AAUAGCUAGAAAAGUUCCCAGCUUGAAAGUCACAGCUCGAAGACUUGGUCCAAGACAAAGUCUUUAUGACUAAUUAAAUUCCAACCUGCAUUUUUGUCAGGGUUUGUUUCAUGGGAUUCUAAUUGCUGCCCUUGUAUAAAAAUCCUUGGUAUUUGAAUUAGAACCAGAAAUCCAUCACACUUGUAGAAAAUUUAAUAGAUAGAUGGGUUUGGGUUGUGAGAAAAGAAGGUUGGUGGUAAUUGGUGGGGGUGUUGCUGGCUCCCUUAUUGCUAAAUCUCUCCAAUUCCAUGCUGAUCUAACCCUCAUAGAUCAAUCAAAAAGAUGCACUGUAGCAUAUUCAUGGCCUUCAAUGUCUAAAAGAACUUCUGAAAUGGAAGGAAUACUUUGAGAUUCCAUGGGCAAGCUUGAGGACAAUGGUGGAGCCAUCAGUUGGGGAGAGAUCAGUGAUCAACCAUAGAGAUUAUCUCACCAAUGCCAGAAUCAUUACAUCAAGUGCAAUCAAUAUCAGUGAAACUGAAGUGUUAACCGGAGAGGGUCGUCUUGUUCCCUACGAUUAUCUAGUUAUUGCCACUGGCCACACAGAUCCUACCAUUCCCAAAACAAGGACUGAGAGACUUAAACAAUACAAAGAAGAAAAUGAAAAGAUAGAUUUGGCUAGCUCCAUUUUGAUUGUUGGAGGGGGUCCAACUGGUGUAGAACUUGCUGCAGAAAUUGCUGUUGAUUUCCCAGAUAAGAAGCUAACCCUUGUACAUAACGGAUCAAGGUUGCUACAAUUUAUUGGACAGAAAGCUUCAGACAAGACUUUGAAUUGGUUGGCGUCAAAGAAAGUCGAAGUGAUGCUGGAGAAGUCUGUCAGUCUAGACAACAUUUCUAAUGGAAACAGCACAUCAUAUAGAACUUCAGAUGGAGAAACUCUGAAUGCAGAUUGCCAUUUUCUAUGCACUGCCAAAUCGCUUGGAUCAACAUGGCUUAAGCAUACUGUGUUGGAAAGUAACUUGGAUAGUUAUGGAAGGUUGAUGGUUGAUGAGAACUUGAGAGUCAAAGGUCGAAACAACAUAUUUGCCAUUGGAGAUAUUACUGAUGUUCCAGAAAUCAAACAAGGAUAUUUGGCACAGAAACAUGCUUUAGUGGCUGCAAAGAACUUGAAAUUGUUAAUGGAAGGAGGAAAAGAAAGCAAACCGGGAAUAUACAAACCUCGUUCAGUAAAGGCAAUUGUAUCACUUGGGAGAAGGGAUGCAGUGGCACAAUUACCAUUCACAACCAUUAUUGGAAGUGUUCCUGGAUUGAUUAAGUCUAGAGAUCUUUUUGUAGGGAAGACAAGGAAACAGUUGGGCUUAGAUCCUCAUGUUGUAUAUGAUCAUUAAAUACCAUGUUGUACAUAACAUAUGUAACAUGCCUAUAUAUACAUAUAUUACAAAAUUAUUUUUAACUCUCUA